AUGAAAAGUGACGUUAAAAAACAUCUGGAAAGGAAAGAUAAAAGUAAAGAUAAAAUUACUACAACACACUCGUCAACAUCACCAAGAAAAGAGAUGAGAAAUCAGGAUAAAAGUGACACUGAAAAAAUGUCCAAAGUUAGAGGAGCUUCGUCAACAAUUAAACAAGGUGCCAGUGAAAGCAAAAGUACUUCAAAGCGUACAGUUCAGAGGGAUGUGGAUGUGGAUGGUGCAAUAAUUGUAAAACCCAAAGGUUAGUUGGUACAUUUACAUGUCGGCUUUCUUUAGUGUUGGGACCUACCCAAGGAAGGCCUCUGCAACCAAGCAUUGCGAGUAUCUUAUGUCCUCAAAUAAGCACCUGCUCUUUAGGAGGUGUCUUCCUCUUAAAACCACCCACACCUAAGGCCACAGUGUCAAACAAGUGCCCCUUUCAAAUAAGCAAACCCCCCCCCCCUUCCUCACUUCACUUCACUUCCCCAAACAGCAUGACCUGUUCCUAUUGCCACUUUAUUUAUACCUUUUUUCUCUUCAGCAGAAUCAGUACAAGAGAACUGUAACUUUUCAGUUAGAGUCCCUUACAUUUGUUUCUAUCUCCAUGUGCUUGCAGAGUUCCUUCUUGUGGGUUACCUGUUCUCUUAAUUGUUGUCCUGUUGUGGGGCUAACUUAACCCUUCAACUCCCAGAUCAAAUUUGUAAUUCUCCUUACUGUCAACCAUACAAUUCUUAUAAUGUUAGUUCAGAGAAUGUAGUAUUGGAUCAACAAAUUAUCCCCAAAUUGAUAUUUUCUUUUAUUCUCAUCACUUAUCUGGUUGAUAUUGUAUUGAUAUUGUAAGGAGAAAUUCUGUCUUGGUCACUCAUGGGAGUUAAAGGGUUAAUAAGUGCCCCCCCCUUCAGUAAGGGCCCCUUCUCUUAAAUAAGUUCCUGAGGGACUUAUUUGAGGAAAUAUGGCAUAUCGAAAAUUCUUAGUUGUUUUGACUUGUACUUUCCAAUGGAAUAUUAAUGAAGAGGUGCUCGGAAUAUUAUUUAGGGGAAAUUUGAUGCAAUGUCAAAUUCUCCUUGUGUUUGACUUGGUAAUGUACAGAAUUGUGGAUGGAGAAUCUGACAAUCUCUUAUCAUUAUCAUUUAUGCAGUGCUAAUGCAAAACAAAAAGUUGACAACUUUUUUGUUCUUACAGACCUGAGGUCUCGACUUUCAGGGAAGAAAGGAGGUGAGAGGAAAGCUACCCAGAAUGAAGAGCUGAACAAGAAGAGAUCUCCAAAAAGGGAAACAAAAAAGUUUUCCAGGGAACGAGAGCUGGAUGUGCGUAUUCAACAGAUAAAACAGAGAAAUGAAGUUAUUUUGAAGAGAGCUAAAGAAGUCCAAGCAGAGAAAAAGAAAUUUAGCUCAUGA